AUGAUUGAAGGCGAUACGUCUUUGAAGAACCUCGUGUCCGUCUCCAAUGUUGUGAUUUUGACCGUCGUUGUAGCCUUCUCCCUUCUCCUGAAGGGUGUCAGUCUGCACACAACGCUGAGAAACCUCGUCAUAGGCCCUCACGAUCGAGUCGCAGGUUCAAAGGGUGUGCGCCGCAUUCCAGGACCUGCUUACAAGUGGCCUUUCGGCCAAUUGGAGGACAAAUUCUUGCGCGGCAGAAAGAAAGGCCAGGAGUGGCAGGCACUGUAUGGCGAUAUUUAUCGAAUCUGGUCUGGCGAUCAGCUGGAAGUCGUGCUCACUCGCUGGCAGGACGCCGCGGUGUUUUACCGCGACGCACAUCAGCAUAUUAAGCCGCGAGACUCGGACGGUGGAUGGCUCUUCAGGAGCAUUCUUGGCUUUGGACUCGGUCUAGUUAGCGAAGGUCAAUGGCGGCGUCUUCGAGGCCAUUUUGAUCCCCACUUCAGCUUUGCAUCAAUUUCUACGUUCGUCCCUGACGUUAUCUGCGACGGAGACGAAUACGUGAAGCAACUCCUUCCCAACCCUGCGCAGAUAUCGCGCGACUUCCACGUCGGAAAUGACUUCAAAAUGUUCGGAUUCUUCCUUGUUGCGAAGCUCCUCUUUGGGGAGCUCGAUGUGAAGCAGAAGAAAGCCUUAGAAGAGCUUAUUGACAUGCACUCGGACAUCUUCAAGCUCAUCUUCAAUGACGUCACGUCAAUGAUCCCAGCAGCUCGACAUCUUCCCUUCCUCCGGACGAAUCGCGCAUUGAAGAAAUUUCAUCACCACUGGCUUCAGUUCAACCAUGACGCCUACGCCAAGGUGAAGGGCGACACUAACUAUCCCAUCACCCACUUGUGGCAAGCGAUGGAAAACGGGAGCAUGUCUGAGAAAGAGCUCCUGAAUACUGUGGACGAGUCUCUCUUUGCGAACGUCGAUGUAUCUGCAAGUGCCGUCGCCUGGUCUAUUCUCCUGACCUGCACGCUUUCCGCGCACCAGGCUCGCCUGCGUACUGAAAUCGCCGAAAACGCGCACGACGUGGACGGCUACGUGCGGCGCACGGACACGUACCUUCACCGCACGCUACUCGAGACCCUGCGCGUGCGACCCGUCGCCUCACUCAUCGCGCCCGAGAGUGCGACCGUCGACAAGGUACUCGACGACGGACAUGUCAUUCCCUCAGGCGUUAAGGUUAUCACAGACGUCGUCGCCGUAAACGUGCGCGACCCGUUCUGGGGCGCAGACGCGGAGCUCUUCCUUCCCGACCGCUUCGAGACGCUUGCAGGCGAAGAUGUAAGGAGACAUCUGUUUACGUUCGGGUUUGGUCCCCGCCAAUGUUUGGGCAAGUACCUCGCGGAUAAGAUGAUCAAGACGUUGUUGGUGUAUAUGUUUGGCCGCUUCGAAGGCGAGACCCUGCCAGGCGGGAAGGACGCGGACGACGAGUGGAAAGUCAAGGUGGACACAUUUGUGCAGCUCCCCGAUGCAUAUGUACGACUCACGCGGCUCAACAAGCCGCUGGUGUAA